AUGUAUGUGGGAUAUCUUGUGGAUAAGGACACCAACAUGUAUCCCAGCCCCGUCCGGCACCCCGGCCUCAACCUCAACCCCCAGAACUACGUGCCGGGGCCGCCGCAGUACUCGGACUUCGCCAGCUACCACCAUGUGCCGGGGAUUAACAGCGACCUGCACCACGGGCAGCCCGCGGCUGCCUGGGGCUCGCCCUACACCCCUGCCAAGGAGGACUGGCAUUCCUAUGGCACCGCCGCGACGCCUUCCACCGCCAGCCCGGGCCAGUUCGGAUUCAGCCCCCCAGAUUUUAAUCCCAUUCAGCCUCCGGGCUCUGGACUCCUGCCUCCACCCAUCAGCAGCUCGGUGCCCCAGCUCUCCCCCAAUAGCCAGAGACGCACCCCGUACGAGUGGAUGAGGCGCAGCAUUCCCAGCACCAGCAACAACGGCAAGACCAGGACAAAAGACAAGUACCGGGUGGUGUACACGGACCACCAGCGCCUGGAGCUGGAGAAGGAGUUCCACUACAGCCGCUACAUCACCAUCCGCCGCAAGGCCGAGCUGGCCGCAGCCCUGGGGCUCACCGAGCGCCAGGUGAAAAUCUGGUUUCAGAAUCGGAGGGCGAAGGAGAGGAAGGUGAACAAGAAGAAGCUGCAGCAGCAGAGCCAGCCUGCCAGCACCACCACGCCGACCCCACCAGCUGUCAGCACCCUGGGACCCAUUGGAGGCCUCUGCAACAGCAAUGCCCCCAACCUCGUCUCCUCAUCUCCGCUGACGAUCAAGGAAGAAUUCAUGCCUUAA